UGUAUUAAUGCACAGUGGAACGUGUUCUUGGAGGGGUACUGACUGUAGCUGUGUCCGGUCUACUCAUGGCUAAUGAGCGACUCAGAGCCCUGGAGGAGGUAGAGAAAGAGAUAGCCCUGAUCCUACAAUGUGCCGGUAAUAUAGUUCUGGAACUCUCCAAAGACAAACACAACGCCAGCUUCCUGGACAGACAGCUGGCCCAGUUCCAGAGCUCUGUCAACCGAGUGGAGAGCGAACUGAGUGGCCAGAUCCGCUACCUCACACAGGUAGCUACUGGUCAACCUCAUGAAGGUUCCACUUACUCAGCCAGGAAGGACUGUCAGAUGGCCUUGAACAGAGCUGAGUAUGCCAAGGUCAAACUGGGGGAACUGGGACGGACUUGUGAAGUCAUGUUGGAGCAGCAGCAACAGCAACAGCAACAGCAGCAGCAGCAGCAGCAGCAGCAGCAGACAUGACAGAGAGGGAAAGUGGCUGGCUGGCUGGCAAAAUAGUGACCAGUGUGCAGCAUUUCAUUGUGAUACCUGAUGUGACCGUAUCUGCCCUCAUUCUCCACUUCUAUCAACAGCCUUAAAAUCUUUUCAUAGAUUCAUUUUAUCGCUAUUACAAAUACGUUUUGUACUUGUACAGUAUUGCAAGACAAAAAAUAGAUACAGACAGAUGGAAAAAAAUGUUGUUAUAUAUAAUAACUCUAUAUUUUGUUGUUCAGUGAUCCUAUUCAUUUUUCUCAUUCAUAGCAGGACCUUUGUAGAUACUUCUAAACAUAAAGAAAUUUAAAGAAA